AUGCCACUACUACGCCCCUCUCUCAUCAUCGUAACCGGCUCAAACCGCGGCAUCGGGAAAGCAGUCUGUCAACAGAUCCUCAAAAGACCGGAUAUUGGUCCUCUUAAACUCUUCGCGACAUCACGUAGUGGCGAGGACUUGGGGCUGGAAAGUACGAAGGAGAGGCAGACGGUUUAUCGGAGGCUUGAUGUGAGUAAGAGGGAGAGUAUUGAUGCGUUGAGGGAUGAGGUAAAGGCGGAUAAGGAUGGAGGAGGUGUGAGGCUUUUGGUUAACAAUGCCGGUAUCAACCUUGAUAAUGAGAAAGGGAUGGGGAGGUUAGAGGCGGCGAGGAAGACUAUUGGGGUUAAUUUUGAGGGGACGUUGGAUAUGUGUUGCACCUUCCUCCCACAUCUCUCGAAAGAUACAGGGAGGAUCGUGAAUCUCUCCUCGGUAGCGUCGAGUUUGAAGCCGUAUAGCGAGGAGAUACAGAGGCGGUUUAGGAGUGCUCUGUUUCUCUCUGAUGUGGAGACUUUGGCGGAGGAGUAUCUCGUACGUCUCAAUAUGCUGACCUUCAGAAAACCAUCGCUGACUACGAACGACCCCAAGCACGCCGUCGAAACCUCCACAGAACAAUCCUCCGGCUUCUCCAUCCCACCCCGCCACUACGCCAUGUCCAAAGCUCUCGUCCGCGCCAUGACCCGCGUUCUAUCUGGAGAACACCAUGCCGCUCACCCAGAAAGCAAAAUCUUAAUCAACUCCUGCUGCCCCGGCUGGAUCAACACCGAUAUGGGCGGUCUCGUCGGAAGCGGGAGGACUAUGCCGCCCAAGACGGCGGAGGAGGGAGCCGGGAUUGUGAUGAGGUUGGGGUUUGAUGAGUUGGAGGACGAGGAUAGGUGGGGUGUUAGUGGGGAGUAUUGGGCGAACGAGAGUGUGAGGAGUAGGGGGUUGGGGAGUGUGCAGAGGUGGUAG